UGCAGCGAAAGGCGGCGGUGCUCAGUGGCGCCGGGCCGGCGGAGCGAAGGGAGCGGAGAAGGCCGCGGCGAACGCGCUGCCGCCGCUGCAGCUCCUCGCCAUCCUCGCCGUGAUAGCAUGGACCUUGUUCCUGUACGUGCAAUUCUCCGUGCUCAGCGCCGCGGUGGAGGUAGUGGAUGUGAGUGAUGGGGCAGACAGCGCCGACCCGUGCCGGGGGCGCUACGUCUACGUGCACGACCUGCCGCCGCGCUUCAACGCCGACAUCAUCCGCGACUGCCGCAAGUACGAAGACCACUGGGGGGACAUGUGCGGGGUCAUCAGCAACGCCGGCCUCGGCCGGCCACUCGUCGACCGUGCCGACGGCGUCAUCACCAGCGAGGCCGGGUGGUACGGCACGCACCAGUUCGCGCUUGACGCCAUCUUCCACAACCGGAUGAAGCAGUACAAGUGCCUGACCAACCACUCGGCGAUGGCGAACGCCGUGUUCGUCCCGUUCUACGCCGGCUUCGACUUCGCCCGCUACCACUGGGGCUACGACAAUGCCACCAGGGACGCGACGUUCGUGGACCUGGCGCAGUGGCUCAUGGCGCGGCCACAGUGGCGGCAGAUGUGGGGACGCGACCACUUCCUCGUCGCCGGGCGGACGGGGUGUGACUUCCGGAGGAGCAACAACGUCGACCCGGACUGGGGCAACGACCUCCUCGCCAUGCCGGCCGGCCGGAACAUGUCGGUGCUCGUGCUGGAGUCCACGUUGCUGCACGGCAGCGACUAUUCCGUGCCGUACCCGACCUACUUCCACCCCAGGUCGGACGCCGACGUGCUCCGGUGGCAGGACCAGGUGCGCGGCCAGCGGCGGGCGUGGCUCAUGGCGUUCGUGGGCGCGCCGCGGCCGGACACUCCGGUGAACAUCCGGGUCCGGGAUCACGUCAUCGCGCAGUGCAAGGCGUCCAGCGCUUGCGCCAUGCUGGGGUGCGCGCGCUCCCCCGGCAGCCCCCAGUGCCACGCCCCCGGCGACAUCAUGCGGCUGUUCCAGAAGACAAGCUUCUGCCUGCAGCCGCCGGGGGACUCGUGCACGCGGCGGUCAGUGUUCGACUCCAUGGUUGCCGUCUGCAUCCCGGUGUUCUUCCACACGGCGACGGCGUACAAGCAGUACCGGUGGCACCUCCCCGAGGACCACCUCAACUACUCGGUGUAUAUCCCGGUCGCCGACGUUCGGCUGCGCAACGUGAGCAUCGAGGCCGUGCUCCGGGCGAUCCCUCCGGCCACGGUGGAGCGGAUGCGGGAGGAGGUGAUCAAGCUCAUCCCGAGGGUUCUGUACGCCGACCCCAGAUCGAGGUUGGAGACUAUCAAGGACGCCGUCGACAUCGCCGUCGAGGGGGUCCUCGACACGGUGGCGCGGAUCAAGAAAGGUGAGUACGUGGACAGUGGCCGGCCAGUCAGCGAGGACCCACCGUACCUGUACGCCUCGACAGAGUCGAGGUUCCGGCCUAAAUCCGUCGUUUCAAGAAUAAUGACGAGGCUUAAACAAUGGAUUGAAGGAUCGUGAACUCUGCUGGUGUGAGGGGGAAAAAAAGAAGGAAAUGCUGGACAGACAAAUCAGUACACGAAAAUGUUUUGUUUUUGAGAAACUACAGCAGGCAAAAGAUGCCGGCCUGAACGGUCUGUUGUAUUAAUAUGAAAGGUUGGAUAUACAACAUUUUUGAACAUCGA